GGCAAAACCGACCUGCUCCCUUCACAUGAAAAUCAGUCUACUGGCUUUAAUAGGCAACAUAGGAAGUCCGGGAAGGGAUCGUUUUUGACUAUUUUAUUGAUGCAACGUCCAUGACGCGCUCUGGUUUCUGAACCAAUACCCCCUUCUUCCACGAAAAAAAUCGAGAAUAUGAUACCCAGCGCACAGGCUGCUGAAGGGAUUGUUUUUCACAUGAAAUGCAGGCGGAGUUUCUCCAAUGUGAGGAGCACAGCAGCUGCUUCAGGGCCACUGCUGGGCUUCCAUUCAUUACUUCAUUCGCUUUUGCCCAAGCACUGCGUGAGAAGACACGUUUGUGCUAUGCACAAGAAAAGCUUUUUGAUCGCUUUAAUUCACGGCUGAUGUUGAAGACCGUCUAGGGGUAGGGGGAGACUGAACACAAACCCGUCGGGUUCUUCAGGAGGAAUUUUUUAAGCAGUUUGUGAGAGGAAUGCUGUGAGCUGGACCUGAUAUCAAUAAUACGGGUCACACGCGCGAUACAAUGAUAGCUUCGUGAAAUUCAAUCUGAACUGAGACGUAUUGCUGGUGCUGACGGUUUUUAUCGGGUUUAUCCCAGCUAGCCAGGAGAAACAGGAUCAAAAUGGGAAACGGUUUCUCCAACAUAUCCGCGUUUCAGUCUCUUCAUAUAGUGAUGCUCGGCUUGGACUCCGCAGGGAAAACCACGGUUCUCUACAGACUGAAAUUUAACGAGUUUGUCAACACUGUGCCCACAAUUGGAUUCAACACGGAAAAGAUCAAGCUGAGUAACGGCACAGCCAAAGGAAUAAGUUGUCAUUUUUGGGACGUUGGUGGUCAGGAGAAACUCCGGCCCUUGUGGAAAUCCUACAGUAGAUGCACGGAUGGUAUUAUUUAUGUCGUGGACUCCGUAGACGUGGAUCGAUUAGAAGAAGCUAAGACAGAGCUGCAUAAAGUUACCAAAUUCGCUGAAAACCAAGGAACGCCACUGUUAGUCAUUGCCAAUAAACAGGAUCUGCCUAAAUCUCUGCCUGUGGCGGUUAUAGAAAAGCAACUGGCGCUCCAGGAGCUCACUCCUGCCACUACAUACCACAUCCAACCAGCCUGUGCCAUCAUCGGUGAUGGGCUUCAUGAGGGCAUGGACAAGCUGUAUGAAAUGAUAGUCAAACGACGAAAGACCCUCAAACAGAAAAAGAAGCGAUAACCGAGGUCUCAUAAAGCCUGAAACUGCCUUUUUCAUUGCUGAUGCCCUGAGUCAUUGGGCAUGCCAUUGCAAUGUUGCACUGUUGACAUUGGAUGUUUGUUUGUUUUUUGUUUUUGUCAGAUAUUUCUGAUGUUGUUACAUUUGUGAUGCAUGUAAAUGUGAUGGCAUAGGCUUAUUUAACAACGAACCAAAAAAAAAAAAAAAAAAUGGAAUUGAUUUGUUUAGUAUAAAAGGGCUGGUCCCUGUAAAGCUGGCAUUCAUUUUCAUAGCCUGGUCAUCAUUUUGAAGGAAAUCUCUUCCUAAGCACUGUGAAAAACGCUGUAGGCCUAACAUUGUUUCAUGGAAUGCUUGAUGUCUUUCACUGACUCUUAUUGAAGAAUGAAGAACUGAAGACAUUUGUUUUUGUUUUGAUUUUGGAGAACUGUAACUUCAAAAUCCCAGAAUGAAUUUGGGUUUUGAGGAUCUUCAAUACUGUGAUUUCACAGGCCUGAGUGAGUACUGGGCCUCAUGAAGAUGUCUAGACUUAUGGAAACUCUGAAGAACUCAAGUGAUGGACAGGGCAUUACCUGCAACACGGUCCAUCUCCAAGCACUUUUUUUCUUACUGACAUAUUAGUGUACAACACUGUAGAAAAGAUAUUAGACUUUCAGUGUAUUACAGAGUCAAAAUGAAUGCUGAAGUAUUUUUCAAAUAAAAAGUGUAG